AUGUCCAGUUCUUCACCGACACAAAUUAGACACAGACUUUCAAGAGACUCUAAUAGAGCUUCAACACAAAGUGAUGAUCUUGCAUACUUCCCAUCCCGUCGUAUGACUCUUGAUUCAACACUUUUACAGCCAAUUUCAUCUCCCAAAAGUACUCCAACAAAAAUACUCCAAGAAAACAAAACACCUUUCUUUUCAUUUAAAACUUCUCAAGUCCCGCAGACUCGAGAAAUUAUCGUGAGGACAAUGGAGAGUUUACUUAACACGUUUAAGAAGGCACUUUUCGUGCAAGCCCAGUUCGAACAAAGUACACCAAGACAAAUGAAAGAAGACAUUUCCGGAUUACAAGAAGACAUCUUGAAAGAGUCCUUCGACAAAUUCUUCAAGGACUUGGAUGAUGUUUCGGGCAUUUUGUCUCCCGUUUUGAACGCAAUGCAAACGAAUCUAGAAAAUCUGUAUUAUCCCCUCGUUUCCUUCUUUCAGUCGUACUCCUUUUCUAUUUUAACAAACUUCCUCUCGACGCUCAAGAAGAACAUAAUUGAUCUUGAAAAAUUGCAAAAGGAUCAACAGAAGUAUCGCCUCAACUCGAUCACAUGUUCACAUAAAUUAGUCAAAAUUUUAAUAGAAAUAGUGACUGACUUCAAUUGUUUAGUUCCACUCUUCGACGUGGAUAAAAUGGAAAUUCAACGCCGAGUGGACGCUCAAGAGAUAUUAGUCCAAUUCAAGUCGAGUAAUCCAGUGCAGUUGAUGGCAAGCAAUAUCUCCCUUUCUGAGUUACUCUGGGCAAAGUCCGUGUUGCGCAACUCUUCUUUGUUUUCUUCUCAAUUGGCAAAAGCUACAGAAAGUUUCAGCGACUUUGUGAACGCACACGAAGUCAUCAUGUUCAUUCAAGAGGCACUCUUCCAACGUGAAAACAAUUCUAAAGGACUUAAAGAGGUAUUUGACUUGUUAGACGAAGAUAAAAUACUGACAAGUUCAGUCAUGUAUGUGCUCAUACAAACAAAUGAUAACGUCUCAAGGUAUCACAAGAGUGUUGUUUGUCUCACACAAAUCGGCGUCUUUGUAUUCGUCCUCUUCUCUGGCAAUUUUGUGAUAUUUGCAGACUUCAUCUCAGCAAAGACAUUGAGUAAUGCUACUAUUGAAAUUACUAGUUCGUUGGAUCAACUAUUUGUUGGGGAUUUGCACAUCACUUUGAAGGACGAUGUCUGGAAAAAAGAGUUUGUAUUAGGGUUUCUUCACACAAGCGAUUUGAUCGAGUGGUCGGCACUCUUAAAGGAACAUCUUCUUUCAUUUGCAUUGACAAAUCAAAUAGAAUAUAAGAAUGACCACCCUAUUGCCUCUAAAUUGUAUUUAAAGAAACUAAAUAAGAAGCAGAAGUAUGUAGGAUCCUCUGUGGAGGAGUUAAUUAGUAUCCAACAGAGUGUGAACUCCAUCGACUUGAUUCCAGACAUACUGAGAAAGUGUGUUAAUGGCAUUAUAAAGUCGGGACUUGGUGUUGAUGGCUUAUUUAGAAAGCCCCCAGACCAAGAUGAACUUGAAGAACUAAUGAAAAAACUGACAGACACAGACUUUAGAAAUACGACCACGUUGGAGUACCCUAUUUCCACAUUAUGUGGUCUUCUUAAAGCUUUUCUAAUGGAAAUGAGUCCACGUUUUAUUACUGAAAAGCAGUAUGAGACCUUCUUUAAAAUAUCGAAAGUGGACGACGGUGAGAAGAGAACACAAAUCGAAGAAUUUAUUAAUGUACUAAGUACGGAGCAAUUUAUUGUUUUGAAGGAAUACGUCUACUUACUCACAGUGAUCGCUGCAAACCAAAAACUCAAUCGAAUGGGCGCACAAAAUUUGAGUACCGCAAUAUGCCAAUGUUUCUUACCACAGAAAAACACCGUCGACUUUGCGUCACUGGAGAACGACGCGUUCGAGUGUUUGAUUACCAACUCCGACUUAUUUGACACACAAAUCACAUCACCAGCACAACUUCCACAAAUUUCGUGUUUCAUCAAAAGACAGUGUAAAGGAGAAGGGGCGUACACAACUACUUUAUUCAUCGAACCAGACAGAAAGAUGGUGACAAUUGAUAAAGCGGGUUCUGUGCAGAUAAUCGAUGUCGAUGACUACUCUUCUGAUAUCGUCCAAGUGAACUUUGAUAUCCCAGAUCUUCGCUAUGCGGUGUCUGUAGGGAAGUGUUUGAUAGUAGGUACGAAGACUAUGUUAUAUAGUAUAUCCACAGAGACUAAAGAGAUCAUUAGAACAAGUGAAAAGAAGAGGUGUAGUUUCAUAACAAGUGCAAAUGGGAUGUUAUUGAUUGGAGAGCAACAUGGAGUCAUCGAAGUCAUUGACCCGACCACAUUUAACGUUGAAAAGACUAUUCACGUGGAAAUGGGGGAAGACCAAGUGAUGACUGUCCCCGUCAUCACUCACAUCUUACCCGCUGAAAACAUGUUGUUCGUUGUUGGAUUGAACUUGAACGAAAUAGUAGUGAUGUCCCUUUUUGGCGAUAAGAAGCGACAAACGAUUUUGACACCACAUAAGUCAUCAAUUAGUUGCUUGAUCUAUUCCGAAGAGAACAAAACGUUGUGGAGUGGAGACUCGAAUGGACUCAUUUGUGUGUUUUCGACUAAGAACAACGACAUUAUAUCAAAAACGCAGUGCCCGACAGUCUAUGGGAAGGUUGUGGCACUUCAAAAGAUUAAAGGAUACGUGAUCGCAACAUUCAUCUCAUCGCAAAUUGUUGUGUUCAAUUGCGACAAUUGUAGCGUUGUUGAAACAGCAAAGACAAACAUGUUUGUUUCCUCUAAAAGUGGCAUUGUCGUCGAGAGAAAUCAUCAUGGAACGAAGUCGUAUAAUUUGUGGAUGGAAAAGGAUAAUUCUGGGGAUACGAUUGUACUUGAUAUAUCAUACCCUUCAGGAAACUGCAAAUGUGACAUAAUAGAUAAUAUGGAUAGCUUUGUUACUAAUAAGUACUUUGAUAAAACGCCACUGGGCCAUUGCUUCUGCCAAACUAAAACAGUUGGGAAAUGCAGUGUCUGUGGUGGUUCAUUUUCUGAAGGGUCUGAUUGUUACAAAUGUCUUAACUGCGACAAACACAUUCACAGUGGGUGUGUCGCUAAAUUUUCUCUAACACAAUGCGAGAAAAAUGCUGUGGAUUAUUAUGAAGUAAUUAAUAAACCAAAGUAA